AUGACUGCCCACCGAUUGCAUAGAAUCUUCCCCACCGUGCCGGCGGAGUGCUGGCAAUGUUCUACGGAGGAGGGCACCAUGCCACACCUCUGGUGGCACUGCAGCGGUAUCCAGCCUCUGUGGGAAGAUGUCAGGGACCUGCUAGAAUCGUUGGGUAUCCGGGUUUUCCCCAUGACUAUCACUACUUGCCUCCUUCUAUUAUUCCCCAGGGAAGUACAGGGGACCCACAAACAACUGAUCGCACUGAUUCUCAUGGCAGCCCGCAACCUGAUAGCGCUAAACUGGAAGAAACAUACCUGCCCAUCCCUCCAGCAGCUAAAGGAUAAAGUACAACAGUUUUAUGUGUAUGAGAGGAUGUCCACGAACACUGCACAUUUUAGGGAGGUGUGGGGGGUAUGGGAGACCUGGUACAAUGGAGGGGAACAUGGCACGGAGUAG